AUGAAGUUUCCAAGAGAAGAAAGAAGUUUGGUCUUAACCAGAUGGCUGAAGAGAAGGAGAACUGUGGUGUUGAAGUUCAUCAUGUUCUUUGUUGGUCCUAUUCAAUUCGUUAUGGAAGCCGCUGCCGUUUUGGCUGCUGGUUUGGAGGACUGGGUCGAUUUCGGUGUCAUUUGUGCUCUUUUGUUGUUGAACGCCUUUGUUGGUUUCGUGCAAGAAUACCAAGCUGGUUCCAUUGUGGAUGAGUUGAAGAAGACUUUGGCUAACACUGCUUUUGUUAUCAGAGAUGGUACUCUCGUUGAGGUUCAAGCCAACGAGAUUGUUCCUGGUGAUGUUCUUCAAUUGGAAGACGGUACUGUUAUUCCAGCUGAUGGUAGAAUUGUUUCUGAGGACUGUUUGUUGCAAGUUGACCAGUCCGCCAUUACUGGUGAAUCGUUGGCUGUUGACAAGAGACACGGUGACUCCACCUACUCUUCUUCUACCGUCAAGACUGGUGAAGCUUUCAUGAUUGUUACUGCCACUGGUGACUCUACUUUCGUCGGUAGAGCCGCUGCUUUGGUUAACAAGGCCGGAGCUGGUACUGGUCACUUUACUGAAGUGUUGAACAGUAUUGGUACCACCUUGUUGGUGUUGGUCAUUGUCACCCUCUUGGUUGUGUGGGUUGCUUGUUUCUACCGUACCGUUAAGAUUGUUGCAAUCUUGAGAUACACCUUGGCUAUCACCAUUAUUGGUGUCCCAGUUGGUUUGCCCGCUGUCGUUACCACUACCAUGGCUGUCGGUGCUGCUUACUUGGCUAAGAAGCAAGCUAUUGUGCAAAAGUUGUCUGCUAUUGAGUCCCUUGCUGGUGUCGAAAUCUUGUGUUCCGACAAGACCGGUACCUUGACCAAGAACAAAUUGUCUCUUCACGAGCCAUACACUGUUGAAGGUGUUGAGGCUGAUGACUUGAUGUUGACUGCUUGUUUGGCUGCUUCUAGAAAGAAGAAGGGUUUGGAUGCUAUUGACAAGGCUUUCCUUAAGUCUUUGAUUAACUACCCAAGAGCUAAGGCUGCUUUGACCAAGUACAAGGUUAUUGAGUUCCAGCCUUUCGACCCUGUCUCUAAGAAGGUUACUGCUAUUGUCGAAUCCCCAGAGGGUGAGAGAAUUAUCUGUGUCAAGGGUGCUCCUUUGUUCGUCUUGAAGACUGUCGAGGAUGACCACCCAAUCCCUGAAGAUGUCCACGAAAACUACCAAAACACUGUCGCUGAAUUUGCUUCCAGAGGUUUCAGAUCUUUGGGUGUUGCUAGAAAGAGAGGUGAAGGUCACUGGGAAAUUCUUGGUAUUAUGCCUUGUAUGGAUCCUCCAAGAGAUGACACUGCUGCCACUGUGAACGAAGCCCGUCGUUUGGGUUUGAGAGUUAAGAUGUUAACUGGUGAUGCCGUUGGUAUUGCUAAGGAAACUUGUCGUCAAUUGGGUCUUGGUACUAACAUUUACGAUGCUGACAGAUUGGGUUUGUCCGGCGGUGGUGACAUGGCUGGUUCCGAGAUUGCUGACUUCGUUGAAAACGCUGAUGGUUUCGCUGAAGUGUUCCCUCAACACAAGUACAACGCUGUUGAGAUCUUGCAAUCCAGAGGUUACUUGGUUGCUAUGACUGGUGAUGGUGUCAAUGAUGCCCCAUCUUUGAAGAAGGCUGACACUGGUAUUGCUGUCGAAGGUGCUACCGAUGCCGCUCGUUCUGCCGCUGAUAUUGUUUUCCUUGCCCCAGGUCUUUCUGCUAUUAUUGAUGCUUUGAAGACUUCCCGUCAAAUUUUCCACAGAAUGUACGCCUACGUGGUGUACCGUAUUGCUUUGUCUUUGCACUUGGAAAUUUUCUUGGGAUUGUGGAUUGCCAUCUUGAACAAAUCUUUGAACAUUGACUUGGUUGUGUUUAUUGCCAUUUUUGCUGAUGUUGCUACCUUGGCUAUUGCUUACGACAAUGCUCCUUACGACCCUGCUCCAGUCAAGUGGAACACUCCAAGAUUGUGGGGUAUGUCCAUUAUCCUUGGUAUAAUUUUGGCUGUUGGUACUUGGAUUACUUUGACUUCCAUGUUCGUUAAGAAGGGGUGGUAUUGUUCAAAACUUUGGUGGUCUUGA